GUUUCCCAAGCUUUCAUGUUUUCCUUGCUCCUUUCUUCAAGUUUCAUCACCCCAUUAAAAAAAUGAAAAGCAUAAAAACAAGAUAAUAGGUAUUAAAGUUAAGAUAAUAGAUAUUAGAAAUGGAGAACAAAGGAACAAUUCUAAUGCAAAAGUAUGAGGUAGGACGCAUGCUUGGCCAAGGAAGUUUUGCCAAAGUUUACCAUGCAAGGAACUUAAAGACAGGACAAAAUGUUGCUAUCAAGGUGUUCGACAAAGCGAUGAUCAUGAAAGUCGGUUUGAAGGAGCAAAUCAAGCGUGAAAUCUCGGUUAUGCGUCUUGUUCGACACCCUAACAUUGUCGAAUUCUACGAGGUCAUGGCAAGCAAAACAAAGAUAUAUUUUGCAAUGGAACAAGUGAAAGGUGGCGAGCUUUUCCAUAAAGUGUCUCGAGGGAAGCUGAGGGAAGAUAUGGCUAGGAAAUAUUUCCAGCAACUUAUUGCAGCUGUUGAUCAUUGUCAUAGAAGAGGGAUUUAUCAUCGCGACCUUAAACCAGAAAAUCUUCUCCUCGACGAAAAUGGUAACCUUAAAGUUGCUGAUUUUGGUCUUAGUGCAUUGUUGGAAUCAAAAAAAAAAGACGAUCUUCUUCAUACAACAUGCGGUACUCCAGCUUAUGUAGCACCUGAGAUUAUCAGGAAGAAAGGUUAUGAUGGAGCCAAGGCAGAUAUUUGGUCUUGUGGUGUUAUUCUCUUUGUUCUAUUGGCAGGUUUUCUUCCUUUCAAUGAUAGAAAUUUAAUGGAGAUGUAUAAGAAGAUUGCAACUGCUGAUUUCAAGUUUCCACAAUGGUUUCAUUCUGAUGUGAAAAGGCUUCUUUAUAGAAUCCUUGAUCCUGAUCCAAAAACAAGAAUUACUAUUAACAAGAUUAUGCAAAAUAGUUGGUUUAGAAAAGGGUAUAAACAGAUUGAAGGACCACAUUUAUCGCCUACACACGGCGAUAUCUCAGAUGUUCAUAAUGCAUUUGAUGAUUUGUCAACACUAUCAAGUCCAAUGUCUGUUAAAGAUGAACAAUGUCCUAUGAAACUAUAUUGUUUCAAUGCAUUUGAUAUCAUAUCACUCUCUUCGGGACUUGAUCUUUCGGGUUUGUUUGAAAAAGAUACGAGUAUGAGUAAAAGACAUCAUGCAAGAUUUUCUACAAAAAGACCACCUUCAAAUGUUGUGUCAAAACUUGAAGAAAUAGCACAAAUAGAUGGUAGAUUUAAGGUUAUGAAGCAAAAUGGGAUUGUUAGAUUGGAGGGAAUUGAGACAAGGAUAGUUGAACAACUCAGUAUAGAUAUAGAAAUUUUUGAAGUUACAUCUUCAUUUUAUAUUGUUGAGGUGAGAAAAAUUGCUGGAGACAUAUUAGAAUAUGGGAAAUUCUUGAACCAAUACUUAAAGCCUUCUCUAAAUUAA